UACCCACUACUACUCAAUCGUCUUCCCUAUAAUAUAUAAUAUACAUACAGCAAUCAGCUCUAUAUAUACACCCAUACCCAAAGAACCAAACUCAUUUCGAAAUCUUAAGGAUUUCAUACUUCUUUUUUCCUUAUUGAAGUUGAUUCAUCGACAGUUAUGUUAAUGGCAUCUCGCGUGUUUGCCGUCGGAUUCGUGCUAGCUUUUCUCGCUUUCUCGGUGUCCAUCACCUCCGCUUCGAUUGUGGAGACUUCGUUUCUUGUGAAGAAUUUAACAGUGAAUCGAUUAUGUCAAGAACAAGUAAUCGCAGCGGUCAACGGGAGCCUUCCGGGGCCGACUUUAAGGGUUAACGAGGGUGACACCCUUGUUGUUCAUGUCUUCAAUAGAUCUCCAUACAACCUUACUAUUCAUUGGCAUGGAGUGUUCCAAAGGUUAACUCCGUGGGCCGAUGGCCCUGAGUUCGUCACUCAAUGCCCAAUCAUGCCAGGAAAUAACUAUACGUACAGGUUCAAUCUAACCGGACAAGUGGGCACCCUCUGGUGGCAUGCACACAGUCAAUGGAUCCGAGCAACCGUAUACGGUGCUCUGAUCAUUCGUCCACGAGAAGGCCAAAAGUACCCUUUUGUUAAACCCUAUCGAGAAGAUACCAUUAUGUUAGGAGAAUGGUGGAAUGCUGACGUUAUUGAAGUAGAGAACUCUGCACUAGCCACCGGAUCUGCGCCUAAUAACUCCGAUGCUUACACGAUCAACGGAUGGCCGGGUGAUUUGUUCUCUUGCCCAUCAAACAAAACAUACAGGCUAGAAGUUGUGCCAGGAAGAACAUAUCUCUUACGAAUAAUCAACGCUGCGCUCAAUAAUCAAUUCUUCUUCAAGAUUGCAAACCACAACAUGACCGUGGUUGGUGUGGAUGCAGCCUACACGAACCCGCUCUUAACCGACGUAAUCGUUUUGGGUCCAGGUCAAACCACGGACGUCCUUAUAACAGCUGACCAGUCACCAGGAUCAUAUUACAUGGCGGCUCACCCGUACGCCAGUGCUGCCGGUGUUUCCUUCAAUAACGGCACAACCACUGCAAUCUUAGUUUACGAAAACUCCACAUCAUCUACACCAAUUCUCCCGAUCCUACCUCCAUUCAACGACACAGCAACUGUCUUUCGGUUUUCAAGCAAUCUAACCUCACUUGUCACUAGCCCGUUUUGGCAACCAGUUCCACAAACCGUCGAUGAAAACAUGUUUAUAACCAUUGGACUGGGGUUAGCGGCAUGUGGUGCGAACCAAACAUGUGGAGGGAUCUUUGGGCAAAGAUUGUCUGCAAGCAUGAACAAUCAUUCAUUCGUUUUACCAACAGGAAUCUCUCUUCUGGAAGCGGCUUUAAGAAAUGUUAGUGGGGUUUACACAACUGAUUUCCCAGAUCAACCUCCGUUGCAAUUCGAUUACACGAACGUAAGCAAUAGUUUUGAUCUGAAUCUUCUGAUGACACCCAAAUUAACAAGCCUGAAGUCAGUGAAGUAUAAUUCGACGGUUCAGAUCGUAUUUCAGAACACAGCUUUGAUCGGAAUUGAAGAUCACCCCAUGCACUUGCAUGGAUUCAACUUCUAUGUGUUGGCUCAAGGAUUUGGCAACUACAAUCCCCAAAACGCAACCGCAAACUUCAAUUUGAUCAACCCACAAGAACGAAACACUCUUGGGGUUCCCGUCGGCGGCUGGGCUGUCAUCAGAUUCCGUGCAAAUAAUCCAGGUGUUUGGUUUAUGCACUGUCAUUUGGAUGUUCAUAUGCCAUGGGGGUUGGGCACCGCUUUCUUGGUGGAGAACGGAGGGACGCCGGAAUCAACGCUGCCACAACCACCGGCGGACCUGCCACAGUGCUAGAAGCAAACGUGAAUCGUCUGGUUGAUUAAUUGUUGAUAAAGAAUGUUUCUUGUUUCUGGCAGUGUGUAUAUAUAUACAUGUAUUCACACAUGAAUUAUGCUUUCAUAUUAUUUGUUUUGGCAUUAAUAAAGUGUAAGUGUAUGAUCGAUUCUUUUGGAACGUAUGAUUUGUGAGGUUAUGAAUUACAUUGUAAUCCAGUAGAUUUUUGAGUAUUUAAUUCAUACGGGAUUGCUCGUGUCGUGGGUAACGUGUUCAAACAUUACACAUUUUAAAAUUAUGAAGACCAAGACUUUUCUUUCU